UCCAUUCAUCAAACGGAGUAGGAGUUCUCAUGUCAUCUAGUUCAAUCGCUGUUCUGUUCUUCCUUGGUUGAGAGUACUUUCACGUUCGAUCGUUCUUCGUUUGCCUUCGAAUUCAUUGAUUUGUCUCUGCCAACAUCUAGAUAACCAUCUCACGUCAUAUUGUCCACCGAUUCAUUGAAUGAUCUGUCCACUGAACCUCUCGCAUUUCACGUUCACCACCUGUUCGAUGGCUUGCCUCUGAGACAUUAGUAUUGAUUAGAGAGUGUGUAGCUGCUGAUCCAUUCUUUGAUGUACGUUGUUGCUUGAUAUGUUGAGCUGGUGACAUAGCUGCUGAUCCAUUCUUUGAUGGCCAAGAGUCCUCAUUCCUUUAGUGGGUCGGUUUGCUUUGCUCUCAUCGAAUAAGAUACUGCGUCAGAUAUGUUGCUGAUUUGACAUCUGAGCUGAGAAUCUCUGGAGUUAUUUUCGAGCUUGAGGUGUUCAAGAUACAUGUAGCAUAGUUGUUUAGCAAGUUGUUCAUAUGUCGAAGUUGUUGUAGCUUUUCCCUUCACGUACUGAUUGCUGCUCUGUUCGGGGUUCCGCCGAGACCUCACAUUUCACCGUCCACCCAGUAGAAGCGACAGCCACGUUCUCUUGUCCAUCAAUCCUGUCCUACUGCUCCUCCAUUUUCAACCCCAAAACUGUAAAUCAUUCGAUCAUUGAUCCGCCCAAAAAGAACAAAAAGAUGCUCCGGUUUAAGUCUCAUCUCCGGUGCCCCAAAUCCAUCGCGUCUAGUUACUUGACGCACCGCCGCAACCACCACCAACACAACCUCGACAAUGUCGGGUCGAUGGCCUCCCGGCUCAAGACCAGGUCCGUUAUCCGGUUCAGCGGCCCGGAUACGAUCAAGUUCCUCCAGGGCCUAUUGAGCAACGAUGUGCGGCGAUUCGGUGAAACCCCCACCGAGAAGACUUUGAACCCGACCACGCCUAACAUGCCCGUGAUCACGGUUCCUCCGUUGUAUGCUGCUCUGUUGACUCCUCAAGGGAGGUUCUUGUAUGACCUGUUUCUGUACAGGCCCGCGAGGCCAGAAGAGAAGCUCGACAAGACUGGCUCCGGACCCGGGUCCGAUGACGGGGAGCUCGAGCUGCUCGCGGACGUGGAUGCGCAGGUCUUGGAUGAGGUUGUGCAGACAUUCAAAAGAUACCGAUUGAGGGCCAAAGUAGAUAUUGAAAAUGUAGCCGAAGAUUUUUCUUGUUGGCAGCGUUAUGGCAGUAACUACUCUCACAAGUCCUCAACAGCAGAGGAGCCAGAUGCUGCUAGUGUUGGCUGGGGUGCUGGCGUUGACAAAUCCGCUAUGUCUGCUUCACAAGGAAAUGAUAUCGGGUGGCAGUGGUUCAAAGAUCCUAGAUUAGACUCUCUGGGUUAUAGAGGAAUAUUUCCAUCUUCUUCAGAACCUCCUUUGGUUGAAGCAGACAAAGAAACAGAUGAAAAAAAUUAUCUUCUUUGGAGACUAGAGAAGGGAGUUGCAGAGGGCUCAACAGAGAUUCCCAAAGGAGAGGCAAUUCCACUGGAAUACAAUCUAGAAGGUCUUAACGCAAUAAGCUUCGACAAGGGUUGCUACGUUGGGCAGGAAUUGAUUGCUCGAACCCAUCACCGAGGUGUGAUCCGCAAGCGUUUGCUGCCUUUGAAGUUCCUGGACGAUGAAGGAAAAGAAGCAGAGCAGAAGGUUGCUCCUAAAUCAGAAAUCCUGCAUGCUGCUUCUGGCAAGAGAAUCGGAACAGUCACGACCACUCUAGGAUGUCGAGGUCUUGGUGUAUUACGGUUGGAAGAAGCUCUCAAAAAGUCCAGUUUGCUUUCCAUACUUGGGCAAGAGGAUCUCAAGGUUGAGGCAGUUAAACCAGAUUGGUGGCCUCCAGAAUGGUUUCAAGAGCAACAACAGCACAGUGCAGUUGCUUAAAUUUCGUCGUGCUAGCCACUCACGCUCUUCACCUUGUUGUCGGUAAGAACUGUCCUUUUGAAGCUGUUUUCGUUAGAAGGAGAAAAGAUCUUUCCUACCUAAUGUGUAUUGCUAGUGUUAGGGUAAUCAUACCUGCAAAUUCUGAGUCAGAAUAAUUGGAAGGGAAAUAACAAUUUUCAAUCAGAGGAUUCAACUAA